AUGGCUUCCGGUUUCGGCUUGAACGGAGGCCCCGGCCGGUGCUUCCCCUUCUGGCAGGAGAUGCUCGCAUGCUACGUCGUCAACUCGUCGGGCGAGGACGAGGCCGGCAAGAAGAAGUGCGCUCCCCUCCUCGAGGACUACUAUGAGUGCCUGCACCACAAGAAGGAGGCGGCGCUCCGCAAAGCCCAGGCCGCCACCCCACGAGACGCCGCACCGAACGCGGGCCAGAUACGGAACCUGGGUCUGCUGGGCAAAGAGGAUGACACACAAAAGCUGUUGAGCUCAUCAUAA